UGGACCUUGAGGACUGUCAACAGCAGCUGCUCCUCUGAUACUCCCCCAACCACCACAACCUGUUUUUUUAACUUGCAUCGAGUGUAUUUUCCGGGACAGUGUGUAAGAGGCGGAACCGAGUGGGCUAUGGCCUUCCUUGGGAGCACAGUUCGGCGGGUUGUGUCGGCAGUGCGGCCUCCUCUCUCUCCCUUGAGCCGGACAACCGCUUGGUCCUAUAGCUCAGAGCCCACCAAGGAAAAAAGUGUUCCCUAUGAUAAGACACUCAAACAAGAGGAUGGAGCCUCCUCUGGACCCACUAAACCUUUACCCAGAUCAGCGGAUGUGGUGGUGAUCGGAGGAGGCAGUUUGGGCUGUCAGACCGUCUACCACCUGGCUAAAAUGGGGAUGACCAACUUAGUUCUGCUGGAGAGAGACAGACUGACUGCUGGCACCACCUGGCACACUGCAGGCCUGCUGUGGCAGCUCCGUCCAAGUGAUGUUGAGGUAGAGCUCUUGGCCCACACCAGGAAUGUGAUCAGCAAAGACCUGGAGGAAGAGACAGGUCUUCACACAGGCUGGAUCCAGAAUGGAGGACUCUUCAUCGCCUCCAACAAGCAGAGGCUGGACGAGUACAAGCGCCUUAUGUCGCUUGGUAAAGUUUAUGGUAUCGAGUCCCAUGUCCUGUCACCUGCGGAGACCAAAGACCUCUAUCCUCUGAUGAAUGUUGAUGAUCUGUAUGGAACCCUGUAUGUACCAAAAGAUGGCACCAUGGACCCAGCAGGCACCUGUACCACCCUGACCAGAGCUGCCACUGCCAGGGGAGCCACGGUGAUCGAGAACUGCCCUGUGACUGGUAUCAGAGUGCAGACAGAUGACUUCGGUAUGAAGAGGGUGAAGGCAGUAGAGACCCCUCAUGGGACCAUUGAGACACCUUGUGUGGUGAACUGUGCAGGCGUGUGGGCCACCAAGCUAGGGGAAAUGGCUGGAGUCAAGGUGCCUCUUAUCGCGAUGCAUCAUGCCUAUGUGGUGACCGAGAGAAUUGAAGGCAUACAGAACAUGCCAAAUGUCAGGGACCAUGAUGCAUCAGUGUAUCUGCGGCUCCAAGGUGACGCCCUGUCCGUGGGGGGUUAUGAACACAACCCCAUCUUCUGGGAUGAGGUGUCUGAUAAGUUUGCCUUUAGUCUGUUUGACCUGGACUGGGAUGUAUUCAUGCAACAUAUUGAAGGUGCAAUCAACAGAGUUCCUAUUCUGGAGCAGAUUGGCAUUAAGUCCACUGUCUGUGGACCAGAAUCCUUCACAGCCGACCACAAGCCGCUGAUGGGAGAAGCCCCAGAGGUCAGAGGUUUCUACCUGGGCUGUGGCUUCAACAGUGCCGGCAUGAUGCUGGGAGGUGGUUGUGGUAGAGAGCUGGCUCACUGGAUCAUACAUGGUCGCCCUGAAAAGGAUAUGUAUGGUUACGACAUCAGGCGUUUCCAUAACUCGCUGACAGACAACACACGUUGGAUCAGAGAGAGGAGCCAUGAGUCAUAUGCUAAAAACUACUCUGUGGUGUUCCCCUUUGAUGAGCCGCUGGCCAGCCGAAACAUGAGGAAGGACCCUUUCCAUCAGGUGCUGACGGAGCAGGGCUGUGUGUACCAGGAGAGACAUGGCUGGGAAAGACCUGGCUGGUUCAACAAAGACGGGCCCGCUCCUGUUAAAGACUAUGAUUACUAUGGGGCUUAUGACGUUAAGAAGAAUGUGAACUACAAAUAUAACGUAUUACUGGGCAAAGAGUACACCUUUGACUUCCCUCCACAUCAUGACGUGAUUAAGAAGGAGUGCCUCACAUGUAGACACGGUGUGGCAGUCUUUGACAUGUCCUACUUUGGAAAGUUCUAUCUCUCUGGACCAGAUGCCAAGAAGGCAGCUGAUUGGCUGUUCACUGCUGAUGUCAACAAGAAGCCAGGUUCCACUGUGUAUACCUGCAUGCUGAAUAAGAAAGGAGGAGCAGAGGCUGACCUCACAGUGAGCAGACUGGAGCCUGGUGCUGCCAACCUGCCCCUGGCACCACAGUCCAGUGGUGAUGCAUACUACCUGGCCAUUGGAGGCGGUGUAGCAGAACACAACUGGAACCACAUCAGAACAGUUCUUCAGGACCAAGGCUUCCACUGCCAGCUGACAGACCACUCCGAGGACAUGGGGAUGAUCAGCAUCCAGGGACCCAAAAGUCGAGAGGUGCUUCAGGAGGUGUUGGACACAGACCUGAACAAUGAAGCUUUCCCCUUCUCUACCCACAAGGUUGUCAACGCAGCAGGGCAUCAGGUGCGAGCUAUGCGUCUGUCAUUUGUCGGAGAGCUCGGCUGGGAGCUGCACAUUCCCAAAGACUCUUGCCUUCCAGUCUACCAUGCUGUCAUGGCUGCUGGUGCAAAGCACGGCAUCAUCAACUCAGGCUACAGGGCCAUCGACUCACUCAGCAUAGAGAAAGGGUACAGACAUUGGCACGCUGACCUUCGCCCAGAUGACACACCCUUGGAGUCGGGGCUCGGCUUCACCUGCAAACUGAAGAGCUCGAUCCCGUUCCAGGGCCGUGAUAGGCUGGAGAAACAGAAGGAGGAGGGGCUGAGGAGGCGUAUCGUCUGCUUUACCAUUGAUGAGAAAGUACCGAUGUUCGGUCUAGAGGCCGUUUUCCGUAACGGCACUCCUGUUGGUCACCUACGCCGUUCUGAAUAUGGCUUCUUUAUCGACAAAACUAUUGGAUAUGGAUAUAUCCGCAACCCUGCUGGAGGAGUGGUGAGUGCAGAUUUCAUAAAGAGUGGGCAGUUUACCCUGGAGAGGAUGGGAGUGACAUAUGAGGCCAAGGCCCACCUCAAAUCUCCAUUUGACCCUGAGAAUAAACGUAUCAAGGGCAUCUACGCUUGAGAAGGACCACACGUGGAAACUGAAGAAAACAUACUGGUCAGAGAAUGAGGCUGAGAGAGCAGCAACUAGGGUUUCAAAAUGACUAUUAAAUGGAAACUUUCCAUAGGAACGGUAUUAAAAUGGAUAUAUAGGGGUUGUUUGCUGUAUUUACCAUGUCAUAUGCAGAUAGAAAAAAACCUUUUUACCAUAUCAUAAGCGGACAUAAUCUAUUGAUUAGGGAAAGGGGAUUUAAAUCAGGUUCCUCGUAUUUGAUUGGAUCACUCAAAGGUGGGCGUGGCUUGCUGCUGGCAGACAAUGUGAGCUGUGUGCCAGCCCACGGAUUUAUAACUUACUAAUUUAUAAAAGAAAUGUUUUGCAAUGAAAAAUGAAUUGAAAUAAAUUUAUGAAAACUACUGAAUUAGCACGCUCAAUCAAACUACUUCCCACAUGGUAACCGCUAGCUAGCAAAAACUAGCAGAAGGUGUAAGCAAGUUACCAAAGUGUACUUUGCUUUAAGGCUAUCUGCUGGUUAACUAAAAUAUAAAUAGUAUAUUUACCCCAGUAAUGUAAUCAGACUUAGAUGAAAGCAUGUAGUCCUUUAGCUCAGACAGUGCAGCAGCGUGGGCUGCACAUGUGAUGGAGAAUGCACUGUGCAUGCAGAGUUGUAAUUUUACUUUACUUGUAAUUCCCAUUUGCUGGCAAAUCAUCCGUACAUGUGAUGUUGAUGCUGCUGAAUGCAGUGAAAGAUUCAAUUCAAUCACAUGGCCAUACUUUUAACAUGCCAUAAGACCUAGUAUUUUUUUAUGUUUAUAUUUCUCCCAAAUAAGUUUAAUAUUUAAAGUUUUGAUUUUCAUAUUAAAUUUAGCAAAAUUCCAAAUAUUCCCGAGCUUUACUUCCUUUGGAAAUUUACAGUAAAUUUUCCAACCCUUAACAAACCUAGGUGCAACUGAUUAUUUUACAUGCAGGUGCAGCUAUUUUACUCUAAACCUCUCUGUGAAAUACUAUGCAUCUUAAAUAUGAUAAUUUUAUAUUAGAAUUUAAUAUAUAAGAUUAUAUCUGUGAUGAGAUGGAACUUUUAUAGAUGGUCUAAAAAUCUGUAUCAAGAUCUAAAAGAGGUGCUGAUUUAAUUCUGGUAUAAAUGUUUUAUCAACAUUUUUAUACCAGCUCUGGGUUUGAGAGUAAGACUGUUCUCUUGUGAAUGAUCUGAUGUAUCACUAUGAAGACAAAUUCAUCUUAUUAUCUCCAGUAAUCAAAGACGUUUUACCAGUACAGUUUACACUGGGUAAACUGAAAAAGACCUAUUUCUGAUCCAGCUAACUUUGAAUAAGCCUGCGUCUCCUGGAUUGAUCUUAAGUACUGAAAUAACAGCAGAAUCUUUAUCAAUGUUUAGUUUUAAAAAUAGAAACUUAACGGUACGAUUUUUGCUCUUUUCAAACGAUCAACAAUCAAAUCAAACUAAUUCAGAAUGUCUAUAACACUAGAAGAUAACUCAGGAAAUCUUAAUAUAUCUUUAUAAAGAACUAGCAGCAUAACCGUGAACCUAAAGACUAUUUAUUACCAAGAUUAUAGGUAUGAUGGUAAUGUUUUAUAUGAAGCAAAGAGAGCUGCUGCCUUUGUACCCAAAGUACUGAUGAUAGGGCAAAAAAACAGGUGCAUACAUGUUGAAAGUACCGUAAAUUGACAAUUAUUUUGUACUUACGCUAAAAAGUUAACCCCUGUAAGCCAUAAUUAGGUAAGCUAAUAUUAGAGUGAAGUCGUAAAUUCAGAUUUUGUCCUUAUAGUGCACUAUAUUAGAUUAUGAUGUAGUGCUGUAAUAUUUCAUUUCUGAUUUAUCCUAUUAGGCAAUGAUGAUGAUGUAUUAGGAUAAUCUAUACACUGGCCUUCUGGCAGUUUACAGUUUACAGAUUACAGUGACUGAUGUUUGUCCUGAUAAUAAUGACUAAAAACAGAGGUUCACUUUCACUAAAUCUUAGGCAGACAGUGUUUAUGUUGCUUUGCUCUGUCGCUGCAAACUCAAUUCUCUUAGUUUUGUAUUUGUAACACAUGCAUUGUUACUUGAUACGACUUCUCUGCCAAUUCAGACAUCCUUGAGCUCUCAUGUAGUGUUGUUUUGCUGUAUGCUUUACAUCUGCUUCACACUAAGGUGAAUCAGGGGGCGUAAUGGAGUACUUUUACUGGGAAGCAUCUGCAUUCUGCAACAGCACAUUAAACAACACCUUGGUCUCUUACCACUUACUUUCAAGUCAAAAUAUAAACUUAAUUCAGGAGUAUGGCAGGAAUGUAUUGUAGUAUUUCUGUAAUUAAAAUUUUAAUUAUGCUGAACCAACUAGCCAAGUCCUUAUAGGUUCCUUGGGACAGGUCUUAAUUUGACGGUUUACUGAGUCAUUGAAAAUGUAUGGUGUAUUUACUUUACUGUGUGUGUGUGUGGCAUAAAAACUAAAACUGCUAACAUGUUUGCUAGCUAGGUAGCUUCUGUUUUUGUUGUUGACAACUCAUGGUUGUUGAAAUGAAAAUGUCUUAAAGGAAAAACUGUGACUUAAGUCUGCGUCGGCAGUCAGACGGUGCAGCAAAAAUGUAGGUCUUUCAAUUCAUUUCGAGUUGGGGUAGUGCAAAAAGUUGAGACCGACUCAACGUUGGAGAUACGCAACCCCACGUCACGCUGCAGUGGACAAUCAUGUAACCGGUGAUCAGAAUUUUUUGUUUGGUUUUGGGUCGGUGUGAGACUCCCGUGAAGAAAAACAGGAAACAAGAAAGUUUUAAAACAUGAAACGCAAGCACUGAACUGUCCAGGAGUUUGUGUAACCGCUAAAUGUUUUCCAAACAUCAAAGCCCAGUCGAUAUGUCUGGGUUUAAAGAACUCAACAAGACGUCACACAAAUAGGCUGUUUCAGUGACAAUCCCAUACCGCUGCACAACCCUGCAGAAAAUCUGCAGAUUGCUUUAUUUGGUCUGAAUGGGCCCUUAAACAGCAUAAAAAUAAAUCACCAGUGUAGUACUGUACCUUGAUAGCUGAUUUAUGUCCUAAUUGCAGGUAUGUGCAGUAAUAACCAUGUUAAAUAUAUCAACCUAACUACAAAAUGUCUUCUUUGUUUUGACACUUAACAUAGAAUUUGAUUAUUAAUUAUAUUUUCCCGCCUGUGUGUAGAAAGCAGGUGAAGUUGAUUCUUAAAUGCAAAAUGUCUUAAGAGAAUUGUUUGACCAGUUCAAAUAUAGAAAAUGACCAGUACAAAUGUAAACAUAAUGUUAAACCAGACUCAUUUUAUCUACAAUUUGCAAUUUGUGUCUCAAUAAAUUCCUGUUUAACUGCCAA